AAAGAUUUUAAAAAAUGGAAAUGCCCAAAGGCAGCAUCAUCUGCACCGGCUGCUGUUCCUGCACCCAGGGGGAGGAGGCGGAAAACAGACAGAGAUGAAAAUAGGAAACGAUCUAAAAAAGCCUCAAAAGAGGAACCUCCUCCUAAAGCCAAACGUGGUCGCAAGCGGAAAGAGGAGUCGGGCAGGCAAUCCUUUCCUGCCUCCAAAAAGUGCCGCCCAUCAUCUUACGCUGAGCCAGAGAGACCCGAUUCUCCCAGUGACAGUACAGACGAAUCGCAUCCCUCAAAAAAGGCCGAACGCACUCCAGGUGCCAAGAAAGAGAGCGUGUGUCUGGUGUGUGAGCAGACCGGGGAGGAUAUUGUGACGUGUGCGGGACAGUGCUAUGGCACAUAUCAUCUGCAUUGUAUUGGAGUAGAGCGGUCAGCAGAAAAGAUCCUGUGCACUGCCUGCAGUACAGGUGUGCAUGUGUGUUUCACCUGCAAGAAGUCUGAAGGAGAGGUGCGGCGCUGCUGUGCGCUCCACUGUGGCCGUUUCUAUCAUGAGGCCUGCGUGCGGUUGAGUGCUCUGACCGUGUUUGAAAACCGAGGCUUCCGCUGCCCGCUGCACACCUGCCUCAGCUGCCACUACAGUGGACGCGCCGCCUGCAAGGCCACCAAAGGAAAGAUGAUGCGAUGUUUGCGGUGUCCUGUGGCCUAUCAUGUGGGAGACCUGUGUGUGGCUGCAGGCAGUGAGAUGAUCUCUUCCUCUGCCAUUGUGUGCACAAACCACUUCAGGGCUAAGAAAGGCUACAGUCACCACUCGCAUGUCAACGUCAGCUGGUGCUUUAUCUGCUCAAAAGGUGGCCGUCUGCUGUGUUGCGAGUCUUGUCCGGCUGCGUUUCACCCUGAUUGUCUGAACAUCGCUAUGCCUGAUGGCAGCUGGUUUUGCAAUGACUGCCGCUCAGGAAAGAAACCUAAAUACAGGGAUGUCAUCUGGGUCAAACUGGGGAACUACAGAUGGUGGCCUGCAGAGAUCCGUCAUCCCAAGAACAUCCCAACCAACAUCCAGCACCUGCGUCAUGAGAUUGGAGAGUUCCCCGUCUUCUUCUUUGGCUCUAAAGACUAUUUCUGGACGCAUCAGGGUCGAGUUUUUCCUUACAUGGAGGGAGACAGGGGAAGCAAGUACCAGCAGACUGGCAUUGGGAAGGUCUUUAAGAAUGCCCUGCUGGAUGCUGAAACUCGCUUUAAGGAGAUCGAGAUGGAGAGAGAGGCAAAAGAGGCUCACGAAAAUAACAAGAAGCCUCCUCCAUUCAAAUACAUCAAGGUGAACAAGCCUUGUGGGCGAGUGCAGGUGUACACCGCAGACAUCUCUGAGAUCCCCAAGUGUAACUGUAAGCCGUCAACUGAGCGGCCCUGCAGCUUUGAGUCUGAGUGCCUGAACCGCAUGUUGCUGUACGAGUGCCAUCCUCAAGUGUGUCCGGCCGGAGAGCGAUGCCAAAACCAGGACUUCACUAAACGCCUCUACCCCGAGACCAAGAUCAUCCGCACUGCAGGCAAAGGCUGGGGUCUGAUUUCGCUGCGGGACAUUAAGAAAGGCGAGUUUGUGAAUGAAUAUGUGGGUGAGCUGAUAGACGAGGAGGAGUGCAGAAGCAGAAUCAGACACGCUCAGGAGAAUGACAUCACACAUUUCUAUAUGCUCACUAUAGACAAGGAUCGGAUUAUAGAUGCGGGACCCAAAGGGAACUACUCUCGCUUCAUGAACCACAGCUGCCAGCCCAAUUGUGAGACUCAAAAAUGGACUGUUAAUGGAGACACACGCGUGGGCCUGUUUGCAGUGUGUGACAUUCCUGCUGGCACUGAGCUGACGUUUAACUAUAACCUGGACUGUUUGGGAAAUGAGAAAACUGUGUGUCGCUGCGGAGCUCCCAACUGCAGUGGUUUCCUAGGAGACAGACCCAAGAAUGGACAUACUUCUGAGCCUAAAGCCAAACUUCAGAAGAAAAAGCCCAAACGGAAAAGGGCCCGCAAUGAAGGCAAGAAGUCUGAGGAUGAGUGUUUCCGCUGUGGAGAUGGAGGACAGUUGGUUCUGUGUGAUAAGAAGGGCUGCACCAAAGCCUAUCACCUCUCCUGUCUGGACCGCACCAAGAGACCUUUCGGCCGCUGGGACUGUCCUUGGCAUCACUGUGACGUGUGCGGCAAGAACUCUGCUGCCUUCUGCCAGCUGUGCCCCAACUCAUUCUGCAAGGCUCACCAGGAGGGGGCGCUGCGCUCUCACCCACUCACAGGCCAGCUCUGCUGCCAGGAACAUGAAGACUCCGACAUCCGCCCGCAGACAGAGACCGCACAACUACCACCACCCACCAAACCACGCAAAUACAGGCGCAGAGCGGAGGCCAAAACCACCAGCAAAGCACCUCUCAAGAAGAGGCCCAGAAAAAAUGCAGAGGUGUAGUGUUUGUGUGUGUGUUUGUGUGUAGUGCGUUCUUGAACUGUGGAAGCUCCCGCUAAUCUCAGCUCCUGUCCCAAAUGAUUCAGUGAUAUUGACGUCGCGUUGACUGUUCUGGAAGCACUGUACCUGUCUGAUCAGGGAAGCGUUUAACACUGUAGAGCUCCUUAAAGCUGACCAUUCAGGUCCCUUCUCCACUUGUUCGGCCUCUUCAUGAUCUACUCGAGUGUGUAUGUGUGUGUGUUUGUUUGUUAGUGUGUUUGUGAUGAAUGGAUGACAGGGCUGACAGACUGAACACCAUAAAUAAACAGCAUUACGGGCGCCAAACUUGAAACCGAUUGAAUCUUGGCAUAGUUUUUGUUUUGUUUUUUAAACAGUAGAUAUGUAUAUGGAAAUGUAUAUGAAAGACCAAAAUUAUAAUAAUACUGGAUUUAUUGUUAGUUACAGGUGCCAAGAGUCCUUUGUUUUUUAACAAGUGUUAUGGUUAAAUAAGACACUAUGGGUAGCCAUUUCAUUUUUUGUUUUGUUUUGUUUUAGAGUCAGUUUCUUUAACUGUAGAGCAGCACAUUUUUUUUAAGCUUGGUUCAUUUUUUUGUACCAUUCUAGAGUUUGAGUUACCAGAAUGUUAGGCUGGUGAAUCUACCUAUUCAGAGUUUUAAAAGUGAAUCAUGACGGGCUUCUUGUGAUACAAGAAAUAAAGCUGGUUUUAAGCA